CCGUGUAGAAGAAGUAGUUCGUCAGUCGCCCCAGUCUCCCCGGCAAGGAAGGUGUCUCCCCGGCCGCCGCCGCCGCCGCCACCGACAAGUUUACCCCGAAGACACCCGCCCUGUGCCGGGUCCCUUGAACAAACUUCUUCUCCUGUGAUACCAGCCCGCUGUUUUCGGCCAUGGCGACGAGUGCGAAGCGAAAGCAAGAGGAGACUCAUUUGAAGAUGCUCCGGGAAAUGACUAGCCUGCCCGCGAAUAGGAAAUGCUUCGACUGUGACCAGCGCGGCCCGACCUAUGUCAACAUGACAGUGGGCUCCUUCGUCUGUACCACCUGCUCUGGGAUCUUGCGAGGACUGAACCCCCACACAGAGUGAAGUCCAUCUCUAUGACCACAUUCACACAUCAGGAAAUUGAGUUCCUACAGAAACACAGCAAUGAGGUCUGUAAACACAUCUGGUUGGGCCUCUAUGACGACAGGACAUUAGUUGUUCCAGAUUUCCGAGAACCACUGAAAGUAAAAGAGUUCCUUCAGGAAAAAUAUGAAAAGAAAAGAUGGUAUGUUCCUCCAGAACAGGCAAGGGCAGUAGCUAGUGUCCAGGCCUCUGUGUCUGGCUCCUCAGCCAGCAGCACUGGUAGUACCCCAGAAGUGCAACCCCUCAAGACCCUGCAGCUCAACAAGACCCCACUGCGCCAGUCUCCGGGGCUAGGUUGUUCCCAGGCUCACAGCGCUGCUCAGGAGAAGAAGUUUGACCUGCUCUCAGACCUGGGAGGAGACAUCUUUGCCGCUCCACCCACUCAAUCUUCCAGCUCUACCAACUUUGCCAACUUUGCACAUUUUCCCAGCCAGUCAGCACCUCAGGGUAAUUCAGAUACCAACUUUGCCAACUUUGAGGCAUUUGGAAACACUGCAAUUCCAUCCCAUCUGAGCACGUCACCCCCCUCAAAGUCCUUUUCAUCAGGGGGAGGUGUGCCAAUCCCGUCAAUGUCUAGUGCCGUCCCUAACCAGUCCCAGACAGAGAGCCGCAGAGAGGAUCGAUACGCUGCUCUGGCUGAGUUGGACAAUGAGCUCAGCUCCUCUGUUACCACAGCCAGCAAUGUGCCAGGGAACUUAUUUGGACCAGUGCUUGGUUCAUCGCCCGCCCAGAAUCCACCUGUGUUACCCAGCAUGCAGCCUGGCUUUGGAGCCGUCCCAUCCACAAAUCCCUUCGUUGCUGCAGCCGUUGCCCCGGAGAUGGCCACCAACCCUUUCCAGACCAAUGGCAGAGCUCCAGCUGCGGCCUCGUUUGGCACUGGCUCUAUGAGCAUGCCCGCCGGCUUUGGAAAUGCAUCUUCCUACUGCCUCCCGACCAGUUUCAGCGGAAACUUCCAGCAGCAAUUCCCUGGCCAGGCUCCCAUCCCUUACUCUCAGCCCGGCGCCUACCACCCUCAGUCUAAUGGCCCUGCAUUCCCAGUCUACGGACAGAACAAGCCCUCCAUGACGCCCUUUGGGCAGCCCUUGGCUGGCCCUGGCAUGUCCAAUAACCCAUUCAUGGCGGGAGCCCCAGCCGGAUCAUUCCCUUCAGCGGGUUCAACCAACCCUUUCCUGUAGCACAACUCACAGUCCUUGCCACCAGAGGGCAGCAUGCAGCACAUAUUCAACGCAUCCCUUCCAUCACGCAAUUAGUGGCAGUACAGUCUUUUUUUUUUUUUUUAAACACUUUUUUUCAUAAAAAGAAGUUUACAACACUAUGAAGGAGUACAAAUGACUAUAUUGGAGACUAAGGGACUGUUAUGCGGAGAGAGAAAAAAAAUGUACUGUUUGGACUAUAUACAAUACAUUAUAUGCUUUUCAUUUUGUUUACAACUGUAAGCUCUGUGCAUAUCAUAAUAUGUAAUCACAAUUAAGUACAUGUUAUGUAUAACAAGGACUGAGUUGACAAGGGUGAGUAUACACAUACCUUGUUGAAAAAAAAAAAAAACACUACAAAGUGUCUAGGGGGUAAGGGUAUAGACUUUAAGAUUAUUAACAGUGUUCCAUCCAAAUCCAUGAUCUCUGGUUUGAAGCAACCAUGGUGAUGCAGGUAUUUCAUUUUCAAAAGGGAUUUCUUUUAGUUAUUUCAGCAUAAUUGUGGCUAUACUGACACUAAGGUGCAAAAUGUCUUUUAUUAACUUACAAGUUGCCUAUAACCCAAAGCAACCAAACCCACAUUUUUUUAUUUUUUUUUUAAACUAAAGUAACAUACCAAACAGGUGGCUGGGAUACAGCAUUGAUCCUGGACUAUUUGUUAUCCUUUUAAUAAUAUUGCCAAUAUUUGUGAAAAUGUGAAAAGGGGCUAAAUUUUGGUUUGAAACCAGGGACAGCUCCUAGAAUAUGAGGACUGCAUAGACUUCAGAUGUUUUAUCCCACCAGGUAAAGGGACAAGCAUACUAAAGCACAAACGGAGGAAAGAGACAAGAAAUGCAGGCUAGAAGAUGAUUAUUUCUACGUCCUGUUACCCUAACUAAUCUAUAACUAUUGGAAAAUUUGUUAAAUAUACUCUAAGUAACCUUUCUCCUGCUUUCAGAUAUUCACUAUAUUUAGGAAGGAAAGACUGUUAAGAAGGUUUUAGGGUUGUGGGUGUGACCCAAAUUGGGUUGCGUCAAAACAAGUGAGGUAGUGAUUGACAUGGUUGUGGCGGGUGACUUAUCCUCUUGACAGGGAAUGACAGGUAAUGACAGGUUUACCAGACCCUGCCUUUUAACACAAAAUAUUUAUGAAAUGUUAAGUUGUAUUCACUACACUCCCUUGACAUCUGUCCUUUUCUUUGCCCUCUGAUGAAAAAGCUUAUGGAGUGAAGAUCAGGAUAAGGAGAAAUAUUGAUCUCCCUUCAGUUUCCUUUACAUUAUUAUGGCAAGGAAAAGAACCGAUUUAAUUAAGGGAUUAUUACGUUACUUCAUCAGCCUGGGACUCUGGAGAACUAGUGUCUCGAUUGUGCCACCAAUGACUAACAAUGAAUUUGACAAUGUGUUUCUUGUCUUUACAAGAAGCGGUAAGGACAUGUGUACAUAUAUAAAUAUAUGUAUAAAUAAAUUAAAAGAUUUUUAACUACAA